AUGGAAGUUCCAGGAAGAGUAAUAUUCAGUUUCGUAAUAGUAUGCGUGGUCUCGUCCUUUUGCGUGGCAAUCGGAAUAGGAGGAGGCAUACUGUACGUUCCACUCCUAGGAUACCUAUACUCAGAUGUGCCGAAAGGAGUUUAUUUGUCAAAAACCUCAAUAUUGAUGACAUCGUUCAUCGGAGCAUCCUACCACCUGUGGAACGAUGUCGCGGUUAUAGUUAAAGCCUUUAAAAAGAAAAGGUCGUCAGAGAAGGCUGAUAAAAAAAUCGAUUCCGAUGUAAAAAAUGAAAAUACAGAGACUGUUGUAAAUGAAGAUGAGUUAAAAGAGGGCAACGUUGAGGGACUGGAGCCGACAGAUGAGCAGCUUGAACACACGCCCGAAGAGACUGAAUCUUUAUCUCAAAACACAGAAAUAAAAGAAAGCAAGGAAUCAAAGGCUUUUGAAACGCCACGAGUGCACUUGGUGUUGUCACUUUCACUCAUACCGUUCUGUAUUCUGGGCAGCUAUUUAGGUACGACCUUCCACUUCUUCGCAAAGGAUAACAUUAAGCUCGUGGUGACAGUGAUCGUGUCGCUAUCCCUGCUGGUCACAAUUUUGAAACUGAUUAUGCUGUGUGUCAAUAGAAAGAAGGACGAUAGAGAGUCACCGGAACAUACAGACCCAGAUUCUGUGUCAAGCACACAUGAAAAUACGGAGUCGAAUGAGGAUCAUAAACAGGAAGUGGAGUCGGAAAAGGAGAUUGAAAUUGAGGAGAUGAGUGAAGUGGAUUCAAAAGACGUUAAGGUCAUUUGCGACGACGACGAGUCGGACGAAGAGGAUAGUGUAGCAUCGAGAUCAGACUCGACCCAAAGCGUCAUCAACGGAAUAAAUAGGCUCUUUAAGUCCUACAACAACGUGACGGUGCACACGGCGGAUAAGAGACUGGUGUCAUUCAUGCUGAUAGUGUUCUGCCUGCUCUUGUACUUCUUGGCAAUCAAGGUGGACAAGCCGCUCCUGUACGCACCGGUGUUUGUGCUGAUGCUGUCACUCGGACUGUUCUACGCAGUAAAAACCCGGUUGUCAUUUAAGCCGAGGAAGAUCGCGGAGAGCUGCUCCAGGGGACUGGACAAGGUGCGGGACAAAGUGUGCAGAAGAAUGGGAACUAAGAAGGCACAAAAGUGGCUGGACGCAGGAGUCCACUACAUCCUGCUUAACCUGCUGGUGGCCUUCCUGUCAGGGUUCUUCUCAGGAAGCGCAGGCACGGGCUCAGGGAUAUUCAUGGUGCCGCUGCUGCAGUACCUGGCAAUGAGCCCAGUGUCGUGCUCAGCCACGUCGAACUUCCUGACGCUGUCAAUGUCUAUCGCAACCCUGUCGAGGUUCGGCCUGAAGGUGGAAUUUAAAGUCGAGGAGCUGCUGCCGGCGCUCUUCGGGUCCCUCGUCGGAACUUCGCUGUCCCUAUUUCUGAUCAGGACGAUAACGAAGGACAGGAUAUCGGCCUACUUCGUGAACGCCACCCUGGUGGUAUUCUGCAUAUCAUCGAUAGUGCUGACCUGGACGAUAUAG